AUGUGUGCGUCCGGGAAGCACACUCCCAUGAGCAAGGCUCAGGUAAGUCAUGAGUUGCGGCCGGUGCAGAGUGCAUGCGUCCAGGAAGCACAACCUCAUGGGCAAGGCUCAUGUAAGUUGAGAGUAGUGGUCAGUGCAGAAUGUGUGCGUCCGGGAAGCAUGCCCUCACGAACGACACUUCCUUUCCUACACGUUUGCUACGGCCUUUCCUACGGCCUUCCCUAUGGCCUUUCCUACAGCCUUCCCUAG